AAUACGUGACGGAAUGAGAGGAGAGUAUCUAACUCUGCCGACACACUGCAGCGCGAACAUGCAAUCCAGCAUAUUUCUGACGCUUGUGGCAGCUGCUCUUGCUGCAGCUGUACUCGCAGCUGAGCAGACUGCACCUGCACCUGCAGCUGUAGAAGCACCUGCUGCAGUUGCGGCUAAACAAGAAGCUCUUGGGGAAGCCGAAGACGGGAAAUUUUUCCUGUUUGCCAGCCGUUCGACCACCACCUCCAUCAUCAUCACCACCAGCACCUCCACCGUCCUCGCCACCUGCUUCACAACGGCGUCGGCCGCAACCUGCACUGGCAGACGCCGCCGUCGCAGCAUGAGAACUCCGCGUGCCGACUUGAACGUUGAUGAAGGCUUGGACUCCUCCCAGGCAAAGGUGGACGGCAGCCUCGCAGGCGAAGAGGAAGAAGGUGGGGCUCGCGAUGACCAACAAUCCAAGUUCUUUUUCACCGUAUGGGAGACCACGUCGUCAACCGUCACCGCUUUGACUACCGUUACGAACUCCUUAAACAUCAUCAGCAUCUCGGCGGCAUGCACUGUCCAAGGCGCUUCUGUGUUGCCUGGGUGCAACGGUUAAUUGGUACCAAGUCUGUCAUAUUCUUGGUACAUAGCUAUGCCUGUGCUUGACCGGAACAACCCUAGAGUAGGAGGUAGGGAGGAGAUUCUCAUUCCUGUUACGAACACCUUUGCCAGGUUUUAUCACUUUUUAGGUGGUAUUUAAGUAGCCUGAAAAUAUAACAACCACCAUCAUUCAUCUUCAUUGUUUUAAAGAUUUUGUUGAAAACCCCGUCAGCUACUGUAGGUAGCGUCUCCCGCAGCUUCGGAGCAGAAGUCGCUGCAGUUCCCCACUCGCAACUUUCUUCCCAGCAUGAAGCCUUGGUAUCUUUUCCUCUACCUCCGCUCGAGGAUACGAUGACUGCCAACGGACGCUCUGAUCAUUGUUGUAUCUUUUUUACUUACUUGUUGUGAUGUCCUCGCAAGCAGCAAAAACGUAGUGUAAAUUGUACAUACGAGGCCUCCAUAGUUGCACUUUGUUUUAAGGAUGAUCGCUCUCAGUAAACUAUUCUUCGUA